AUGAAUGGGGUGAAAGUAUGUCAAGAUCAUUGGAAAUUGAUAACAACUAGUUUAACUCGUCUUCAACAUGGAUUAAAUGAUCUCGUUACAUCAUUAGAUAAAAAUCGUUUACAAGACGAUCUUGUACAAAUACUAAAAGCCAUCGAUAAGAUUAUUAUUACUUGUACUGGAAAUGAAAAUUAUCUUAAUGGAAUGACUUAUAAAGAUCUCGAAUCUGUACUACUUCGCCUUCAUUUUCGACUAGCUCAACAUGAAGCUAAUAUAACAGAUAACUAUGAAGCGAGAGUUCAAAUACUUACCAACGCUUACCAGAAACAACAACUUCUUGAUCAGAAAUCCUUUGAUGAGAUGAUGAAACAAAGAUUAGAAGCUAUUGAACAAUGUACUAAAAAAAAUAUUAUAGAACAACUUCAUCUCUUACAUGAAAAAUAUCCCAAAACGAUUGAAUCCUAUCUUCGCACUUGUAUUGAACUACAUAAAGAUGAAUCUCCUACUGGUCUUACAGGUGAUAUUGUUGCUAAAGUUACUCAUAAUGCCUAUCAAAUCUCUUAUAAAGAACGAAUGAUGUUAGAACAUAAAUGGCGACCAUGUAAACUUCCUCUCACACGUACAUUCAUUCAAUUUACAACUGAUAAAUCUACAUCAUUCGAAAGAAAUGAAUCACGACGAUUGUUCAUGGAAAAUGAAGCUAAUAUGUUACAGAGUGCACAAAAUAGAAAAGAAAGAUCUAAGGAAAUAUGGGAACAACUAAUAUCAACUCCUUACAUGAUGUCGAUGGUUGAAAAAGAUUGCCAUUCGAAAGAAGAUAAUGUCACUGUGGAAAGUAUUAUUCGAUCAAAACGUUGGAUUAUUAUUUUGGGUGAUCCAGGAAGUGGAAAAACAAGUUUUGUUCGAUGGCUUGUUCAUCAUUUAGCUCAAACAGUGCUUCUCAAGGAAUCAGAUUCAACAGAUUAUGGACUUCUUCGUAUACCAAUUCUGAUUCGUAUUGGUGAAUUUGCUGAAAUAUUGAAAGAACAACCAUCAUUGACGUUAUUUGAUUAUAUUGGAAAACAUAAAUGGAUGGGAAAGUCAAUUGUUGAUGAUUCAUCGAUCUCUCCUGAUAAUUUAUCAUGGGGUCUUCAAGAUUAUAUUAAACAAGGUCAAGCUCUAAUCAUACUUGAUGGUCUUGAUGAAAUUCCUAUUUCAGUUCAACGUUCAAAAAUUAUUAAUAUCGUUGAAAACUUUGUUGAUACUUAUGUUCAGACACCGAUAGAUGUUUCUGUCUUUGACAAUAUAUAUUUAAACAAGUUAUUCGAUGAUCCAUCUCGAUUAGGAGGUAAUCAAUUGAUUGUUACAACUCGUUUAGUCAAUUAUUAUACUGCUCCAUUAGCUGGACAAUUUUCUCAUUACACAAUUCGACCUAUGGAUAUGAAACAUAUAAAAGAUUUUGUUGAUUAUUGGUUUUUUCGUGUUCAUCAACGUAUCAUUGAUAUUUUAGGUCUUCCAUUAGUUAAUCAAGCAGAAAAUUAUAGUGAAGCACUGAAAAAAGAAUUGGAAAAAACUCAAAAUGUUGAUCUUCUUGAUAUGGCUUCAAAUUCUGGUUUACUAUCAUCUAUUUGCACCAUAGGUUUUAGUCAAUUAAAUGGUUCAUCUUUACCUACUCAACGUAUUCUUCUAUAUGAAAUAAUUGUCAAAUCAAUGUUAAAUAUGUGGCAUAGUAAAGAACCGACUAUUGAUAUAUCAAAAGUGAUUCGAAUUCUAACUGACAUUGCUUAUUGUAUUCAUCAAAAUCCAACAUCGAAUUAUAUUGACAAUGAAGAAAUCAAAGAAAUCUGUGCUCAAACGAUCCAAGCUUCUAUAAGUAAAACAUUACUAACGACAGAAGAUAUCUAUAAUAUUGAAAGACAAGCAUCGGAAAUGGCACAAGUUAUUUGUAACGAUGUUGGUAUUUUAGCUUCGAGAGGUGGAUCACUCUAUGGUUUUCUUCAUUUACCAUUUCAAGAAUACUUCACUUGUUUGAAACUCAUUGAAGUAGAUACGCCAAAACAUAGAAGAUUUGCUAGUGAUGGAAUCGAUCGAGACAACAAAAUUCAACUUAUCGUUCAAAUGUUGUGUCGUCAUACAAUUGAUCCACGAUUUCGAGUACCAAUCACACUUGCUUUCGGAAAAAUUAGUUCUUCUUGGUCUCAAAACGAUUUUAAUGAUCUCUGCUACGAAUUUAUGCAAGUACAAGACAAAUAUGAUUCACUGUUACCAUUUGCUGCUUAUAUAUUAAUUAAUUAUGUCAAUGAUUUUGUUAAUUAUCCUUCAAAUGAUAUUUUAUUUAAUGCUUUAGAUCGUUUAAUAAUUGCAGCUGGUCAACAUAAAUGGUCAAUUGUUUGUCCAUUUCUAUUCGAUCAAAUUACGAGCAUAUUGAAAAAAUUUUCACAUGAUCUUAUUUCAUUAUGGAUUAAUAAAUUAUUAUCUCAAUCCUCUCAACAUGAUAUUCAAACAAUAACAGCUCUUUGUCAUCUUAUCGAAGGCAAACCUCAUGAAUUUGAAAAUAUUCAAUGGUUAGAUCAAUCAUCUUGUUCAAUACUUCAAUCUUUGUCAAUGCUUGAUAAUGAAAAUAAUGAAUUUACUAUUGAUCGAUUAUUAAUUAAAAUAGCUUUCUCAAAUCAUCAGUUAUUACCUUCCAAUCCAAAUACUUUCAAAAGAUUUUUGCUUGAUAAAAACAUUGAAAUGAGUUCAAUUCCUAUAAUCCUCUUUCCUUUAAUCAUUACUUUAUAUGGUGGCUUAAAACGAAAUGAUCGAAUUGUUGUCUUCGAUCCAUCUCAUAUUCAUCGAGAAUCAACUGUAUUAACACCCAUUUUAAUACGAUUUCUUUCUGAAAAAGAUCAUGAUAAACAAAAUCAAGCUUUAAAAAAAUUAAAACAAGAAUGUAUAAAAUCUUUCGUAAUGCGAA